GAUGAGAUGAUGCAAGGAGUCCAGGUCCGAUGGGGGGAAAGGGGAGAGAUAGCUGCGCUAUCCAUCCAUCUGUUUGUCCAUCUCCCGCAGCUAUCCGCAUGGCUCUAGGGUUGAGCGCGUAUAACUGUUUUCCAACGUCUGCGAGCUCAAACCAGCGCCACCCCUCCCCUUUCUCUCCUUCUGACUAAGAUCACCCUUGCCAGAGUCACGACGAUGCUGACUCUGCGCUUUGUUGCUGUCUUUCUCCCUUUCUUCAGUCUGCUCAAUGAAGCCAUGGCAUUUCACCCAUCUCACAUGCCUUCUUCCCCCGGUGUGAGCAUCUCACCAGGGCAGCAUCCUGCCCGCCGUCCGCAGCUUUCGUCAACGACGCGCCUCUCAGCACUGAUCAGGAGGCGAGACGACGAUCAAGCAGAAGCGGUAUUGGACCGACGCUCGGCGCUUGUGACGGCUCAGGUGGGUCUUGCGGCGCUUGUGCUUCCCCUCUUGAGCAUUGGUGGCCCGGCACUGGCCGUCACACGCUCUGCCCUGGCUGGCGAUGUGCCACGAGGAGGUGAGGGAAGGGAAGCGCACUUACUCGUUGAACUUGUCACAUUAGCGUUCCUUGCUCUCUGUCUUGUUCUGUGUAUACAGCCCCAGCGCUAGAGUACAUAGCGCGGAUUCAGAAUGGGUAUCUUGCGCUCAAGGAGCUGUUGGACAAGUGGGGCACUGUGGCGGCUAAGGGCGACGGCGAUGCGGUGCGGCGCUACCUCGGCACGGUCGGUACCUACUCUCCUCUCUUUCAAAUCAACAGGGUCAGUCGAUGGAUGGACGAGAGCGUGGAUGGAUAAGCACAGGCACAGCACCCCCACACUGACAUGCAACUCGUGUCCUUUCUGUCCGGCACUUGCCUGCAGGCGUUCGAGGGCGUUCUCCAAGCUCUGUCAAAGGGCGAUGACAGCCUUGGUGACGUGGACGUGCUCGAAUACGGCGAGAGCUACAACCUCGUGCUUGAAGGCCUCCGGCAGACCGACUAUCUGGCGUACAGCAACAACUUUGCAAUGGCCGUGGGGGACACCAAGGAUUAUCUUGAGGAGAGCCGACUGCAAGCCGAAAGGACAUUGCGGCAGUAUCGCGAAGUGCUGCGGAUACUAAACGUGCCGGUUCCCACGGCUGUGGUCAAAUGAAAGUCCGG